CGCGGGCUCGGUGCGGUUAUGUGUGUCCCGGCCAUAAGAAAUAUCUGUAUGACAAGAGAACGGGUCACAAAGAAAACAGAACACAGGUGGUCCAAGUAUGUAGAUGAAGAAAUAAAAAUAAUUGAUGCGCAAAGACCACUAAAGAAAUUUCUAGUCUUCAUCCAAGUAAUAAUGGCGAUGCCAGAUGUCACUUCCCAAAACCAACUGAGAGAAGUUGCUGCGGCAACUAAUCAUUUCGCACUUGAUUUGCACAAGGUUUUGUCCAAGGAAAAUGCGGGAAAUAUGUUUUGUUCGCCGCUCAGCCUGCAAGUGGCACUUGCGAUGGCUGCGGUUGGCGCCGCUGACCAUUCCAAGACCUUCAAUGAGAUGAAAGCAUUGCUGAGAUUUCCCGAUGACAAGUCCAAAAUGCUUUCCAGCUACAGUUUGCUGUCUGAUGCUCUUACCAAUUCAGAUGUGAUGAAAAUGGCAAACAGAAUAUACAUCGACAAGAAGUUCAAAGUGAAGCCAGAAUAUUUGGAAACGACACAGAAGUAUUUCAAAUCUGAUGCCAAGGAAGUUGACUUUGAGAAGAACGCUGAUAACGCAGGACAAGAGAUCAAUGGCUGGGUAGAACAGCAGACUAACAACAAAAUCAAGGGAUUGAUUCCCGAAGGAGCUCUAAAACCAGGUACUGUGAUGGUACUUAUCAAUGCCAUCCAUUUCAAAGCCGACUGGAAGUAUGCAUUUGAAGCGAGAUUAACUAAGAAGGAGAAAUUCUAUCUUGAUGAGACCAGAACUGUUGAUGUGGACAUGAUGAACAUUAAGAAAGAGUACAAUUUCUUCCACGAUACACAGCUGAAAGCUAAAUUUUUGGAGAUGCCUUACAAGGGAGAUGAGUUCAGUAUGAUUCUCGUGCUCCCCGACUCGAAAACCGGUCUCCCUGACUUGGAAAAGGCAAUCACCAACCAGAACUUUGAUCUGACCAAGAAGAUCGAAAAUAUCCAGAACUCUAGCCCCGUCAGCGUCAUGGUUUCCAUUCCGAAAUUUGAAAUGGAAUCAACUCAUAACCUGGAAGAAACUUUAAAAGAGCUUGGUGUCGAAGAGAUGUUCAGCGAUGAAGCGAAUUUCUCGAACAUCAACUCGGAAAAUAACAUUAAAGUUUCGAAAGUGAUCCAGAAGGCCUUUGUGUCUGUCGAUGAGAAGGGAACCGAGGCUGCCGCGGCUACUGGUAUCGCUAUAGCCGUUUUUGCAGCCCCUCGUCCACCUCCUCUGUCCUUCGAAUUCUAUGCUGACCAUCCUUUUCUAUGUCUGAUAACGAAGAAAAUGACCGCCACUAACAUGAUCCUAUUCAGUGGAAAAUAUACUGGAAAUUGAACUGGAAUCAACCUUGCGUAACCUGUUAUAAUCGGCUUUAUGUAUAAUAGGUGUCAUUCCCAUCAGCGCCGUCAUUCCUCCGCCCUCCUACAUCUUCCAAGCUGACCAUCCUUUUCUAUGCCUGAUAACCAAGAAAAUGUCCGUUAGAAAGAACUUGGUGCUAUUCAGUGGAAAAUUGUCUGGAAUUGAAGAGCAAAAUAAACAAUAAUACUGUAAUUAUUGGCUUUAGAAAAAUCUGGAUAUACUUCUCUCUUUACAAUUGUAGCCUAACAAUUUCAAUAUCAAAGUUAAAAAAUGACGACGAGUUUAGAAUGAUUUCUACGUAUUUUGUAAAUUCUAAAACUGAAGUAUGAAAGUGGAAAGUGUAUAUUUUUGAAAAUGAGAAAAUUUCUGAGAUCAAUAAAAUUACAAAUUGAUAGCCUAAUAUUUGAUAUAUACUCGUACACAUCCAUAUCGUAGGCCUAAAUGUACUAUAAUUUAUGUUAAUUGUUGGUACCUGCUGUGGUGUAUUGAUCCGAUCAAUAUUAAUCAGGAGUGCUCACAGAGGAGAAGGGGGAUUUGGACGCAGACUGCGUCUUUGAAACUCUUUGUGGGGGGAGAGAGGCACAAAAUCAAAUCUUGUGGUGGGAGGAUCCAACAAGAGAUUAUCUCUGUUCAAGAUGACUAUUGACGACAAUAAUUUUUCUGAGUUUACAAUUUUUUCAAUUCAAUUUCACUCACGACUGACAACUCUUUUUGCAAGGGUGCCUUACCUGUGAAGGGCUGUUUGAGAUAUUCGUGGGUCACCCCUGAAUUAAUUAUAGAGAUUAAUGUAUUUUGUUGUCAGUGCUGUUUACAUGCUUUGCAAGUUUGCUUAACAACAUCCAGUUAAAAAUGUCAUUUCAAUGUUAUUGUCAAUAUAAUAUACCAAGUUCAAAAAUCUAUCAAUACAGUUUUAUUUCAUGUUUUUAGCAUAAAAGUUAUUUCUAACUUUAUAUUGAAAUUUGAAAACUCUAUUAACAUUUGAAAACUUGAAAUUUUCAUAAAGACAAAACUUUUGGUGAAUGUGAGGAAAUUCAUAUCGAUAUUUGAAUUAUAUCAUUUUCAAUCAAGGAACAACAUCUUUUCUAAUUAAUAUAAUCCUUCUCAAUAUUAGUGAACCAGUAAAGUACACCAAUUACCAACUACAUAUACCCAAUAAUUUUUUUCUUCAAUUAUUUUUCCAGCUCAAAUUGGCUCCGCCCAUUUAAAAAAAACCAUAUAAAAAUUCCAGUAUUAUGUAAUUGCCGCACAUAGUUUUACAUAUUAUUUUACAUGUUUAUUUUCUGUUUCUGCAGCUAUAAUAUUCGGCGCAUACUCCGGUUCAUAUGAACCAGAUCCACCACCAACCUUUGAGUUCCAUGCUGAUCAUCCUUUCCUAUGCCUGAUAACAAGGAAAAUGGCAGCCGCUAACUUCCUCAUUUUCAGUGGGAAAUAUGUUGGAAAUUAAAGCAAGAUCACUCUUGCAUGAAUUGAUGAAAAUAAUUAUUGUUCCAAUUAUAAAUUGAUUGAAAAUGAGAAUAUUAAAUAACGAAAGGUUUGGUUUGGGAUUACGGGACGUAUUGUAAGAAUAAGAAUCUGAAAAUCUACAUUUACAGACUGUACAAAUUGUAGAUGCAAUACAGUUUUCUAUAUAUUUACUGUAUAAUUAAUUUUAUAAUCUAACAAAUUCCAUGAAAAUUUGAUAAUUAUAUUACUGUACCCAUUUGGACAAAUGAUUGAUAAAAACGAAGAAUAAUGUAAGUAUUACCAAAAAUAAUUAUUUGUGAUAAGUUUACAUUCAACCGACAAUGACAAUAUAAUUAUUCUUUAAUAA